GAGUAUUGUUUUUUUGUCGCGCUUCCGUUUCCGCGUUGACAUUUCCAACUUUGUUUCCAUCAUCGUCUUUGCGCCAACUUUGUCACCGGGCUCCUCCAAGUUGACAAGAUGUACCAGCGGAACUUGGCCGGGCUACUCGCGCGGCGCACGGGCAGCUUCUACUCUUUGCCCCCCCGCGCCUACUCCGAGCUGGCCGCCGCGCAGUCGAGCGGCGACGACGACCCCAACUUCUUCGCCAUGGUGGAGGGCUUCUUCGACCGCGGCGCCUCCAUCGUGGAGGACAAACUGGUGGAAGAGCUGAAGACGCGCGAGAGCGCCGACAACAAGAGGAAGCGCGUCUGCGGGAUCCUCAAGAUCAUCAAGCCGUGCAACCACGUCCUCAGCCUCAGUUUCCCCAUCAAGAGGGACAGCGGCGAGUGGGAGGUCGUGGAGGGCUACCGGGCUCAGCACAGCCAGCAUAGGAUGCCCUGCAAGGGAGGCAUCCGCUACAGCAUGGACGUGUCUGUCGACGAGGUGAAAGCGCUGGCGUCGCUCAUGACCUACAAGUGUGCUGUGGUUGAUGUUCCUUUUGGUGGCGCAAAGGCGGGAGUCAAGAUCAAUCCCAGGAAAUAUUCCGACAAUGAGUUGGAGAAGAUCACCAGGAGGUUCACCGUGGAGCUCGCCAAGAAAGGUUUCAUCGGACCCGGAAUCGAUGUUCCCGCUCCGGACAUGGGCACGGGUGAGCGCGAGAUGUCCUGGAUCGCUGACACCUUUGCCACCACCAUGGGCUACAAUGACAUCAACGCUCACGCCUGCGUGACCGGCAAGCCCAUCAGCCAGGGGGGCAUCCACGGACGUAUCUCGGCCACCGGGAGGGGAGUCUUCCAUGGCAUCGAGAACUUUGUCAACGAGGCGGCCUACAUGGGCAAGCUGGGAAUGUCUCCCGGAUUUCGCGACAAAACCUUUGUGGUCCAGGGUUUUGGCAAUGUGGGUCUGCACUCCAUGCGCUACCUUCACCGCUACGGAGCCAAAUGCGUUGGAGUGGGCGAGAUUGACGGCAGCAUCUGGAACCCGCACGGCAUUGACCCCAAAGAACUGGAGGACUACAAACUGGCCAAUGGGACCAUCGUGGGCUUCCCCAAGUCUUCGCCGUACGACGGGAGCAUCCUGGAGGCGGACUGCGACAUCCUCAUUCCCGCCGCCGGAGAGAAGCAGCUCACCAAAAGAAACGCCCCCAACGUCAAGGCCAAGGUGCCGCUCUUGUCAUCUGCAGCCGGGAUCAUCGCAGAAGGCGCCAAUGGUCCGACCACGCCUGAGGCCGAUCGCAUCUUCCUGGACCGAAACAUCCUGGUCAUCCCGGACUUGUACCUGAACGCGGGCGGUGUGACUGUGUCGUACUUCGAGUGGCUAAAGAACCUCAAUCACGUCAGUUACGGCCGCCUGACCUUCAAGUACGAGCGAGACUCCAACUACCACCUGCUGAUGUCGGUCCAGGAGAGUUUGGAGAGGAAAUUUGGCAAGCAUGGCGGCGCCAUUCCCAUUGUUCCCACGUCUGAGUUCCAGGCACGCAUUGCUGGGGCGUCGGAGAAGGACAUCGUCCACUCGGGCUUGGCCUUCACCAUGGAGCGCUCCGCCAGGCAAAUCAUGCGCACAGCCAGCACGUUCCAGCUGGGUUUGGACCUGCGAACCGCCGCCUACGUCAACGCCAUCGAGAAGGUCUUCCAAGUUUACGCCGAGGCCGGACUAAUCUUCACGUAGCUGUGGCUCUCGCCCACUUCCUGUUUAGGGCAGGAUGAAAACACCGCCAGCCUUACAAAGACAAAAGUUGCAGCAAAGAGUAAAGUUGAAGGAUAUUGUGAUGAUGAUGAAUAACUUUAUCCGUUUGGUGUAAUUUGAUGACUUGGGUGUAAAUAGUUUUUCGCUCAA